AUGGCAUUGAAAACACUUGAGCCGAAUUCAACAACAUCUUCUGUGUCCAUCUUCACUUUUGAAAACUCAGGAAAUCUUUUGGUCGAUUCAAGCACUUCCUGUCCAUUUCCUACUGCCAAUAUUACUUAUGUGGAUUUUUACCUUCAUGAUUGCUUUGUGUCUACCAUCUUCAUUGUAUCUUACCUUAUCAUUUUUAUUAUGUGUAUGGUUGGUAAUGGAGUGGUGUGCUUUAUUGUGCUGAGCCUCAAACAUAUGCGCACUGUCACCAACCUAUUCAUUCUCAACCUGGCCAUCAGUGAUCUGCUGGUUGGAAUUUUCUGCAUGCCCACCACCUUAGUAGAUAACAUCAUUACAGGGUGGCCAUUUGGAAGUUUGGUGUGCAAGCUGAAUGGGAUGGUACAAGGAAUAUCCGUGGCUGCUUCUGUCUUUACACUGGUAGCCAUUGCUGUGGAGAGGUUUCGUUGCAUUGUUUACCCCUUCAAACAGAAGCUUACUAUUUCCACCUCCACUCUCAUAAUUGCAGUCAUUUGGGUUUUGGCUAUCUCCAUUAUGUGUCCAUCAGGUGUCAUGCUGCAGGUCACUAAGGAGAGCCAAAUCUCCAUUUUGUUAUGGGAUGGUAAUUCUACAAAGCCAUUUUACUGGUGCCAUGAGAAUUGGCCCAACAAGAAAAUGCGCAAAAUAUAUACCACUGUGCUCUUUGCCAAUAUCUAUUUGGGUCCACUCACCCUUAUUGUCAUUAUGUAUGCCCGCAUUGGGCUAACUCUGUUCAAGACAGCUAUCCCCCCCUCUAGAGACCAAGAAUCUAGUACUAGAUUUGGAACUGGCUCCAGAAAACAAAGUGGCUAUGAAACUCGCCAGAUAGCAUCAAGGAAAAAGAAGCAUGUAGUUAAGAUGUUACUGGUUGUAGCAUUGCUGUUCAUUCUGUCGUGGUUGCCUUUGUGGACACUGAUGAUGCUGAGUGAUUAUGCCAGCCUAAAUGAAUUUCAGCACCGGGUAAUAAACAUCUAUAUCUACCCUUUUGCCCAUUGGUUGGCCUUUUGCAACAGCAGCAUCAAUCCUAUCAUUUAUGGCUUCUUUAAUAAAAACUUCCGCAGGGGAUUCCAAGCUGCCUUUAAACUUCAGCUUUGUUCAAUUCAGCACAGCAAGAGUAGGACUUAUUUGCACCACAUUCAGGGGAAUGCUGUCCUGCCAACCAAUCUGAAUUUGGAGAUAAGUAGUGGUCCGCGCAGCAGACUGGGUAGGUCCAAAGAGUUAGGUAAAAGCAGUGAUAAAAGUUUGGUGAGGAACAGACAGUUCUCAGAAAAGAAGAACCAGAAAGAGCAAACCAUGAUCAUGGAGGAUCUAGAAAAGUUAUGUAUUAACAAGGACUAA